CAUGUAUUUAUUUGAAUUUAGGUGCAAAAACAGCUUAUGCUCUUAAAGCCUAGGCUACUGAAAAAAUAUGCUUCUUCGCAUUUUAACUCCAUUAUUUACAAUUGAUAUAUACUCCGGCACACAUGUCAAAUGUAUUGAUCUUUGAGGAUACUAGAGUCACAUCUGCAAUGUGUUCUAGAGCAGCAUACUUCAAGGGGCGUUCCCUCCAAACCAAUCAGAACGCUUGAUUUAGCAGCUGGCCAGAUGUGAUCCGAUAGCUCCUGGCAGUUUAGCUUAAACCAAAGUUAUGACGUACAUGAGUGGGUUUGGGAACGAGUUUUCCUCCGAGGACUCUCGUUGUCCAGGAUCCCUACCUGAAGGACAGAACAACCCUCAGGUAUGUCCAUAUGGCCUAUAUGCUGAGCAACUCUCUGGCUCCGCCUUCACCUGCCCACGGCCAGCCAAUAAAAGGAGCUGGCUCUAUCGUAUUUUGCCAUCCGUCCGACACAAGCCGUAUGCUGCAAUGGACUGUGGAGACCUGACGGAAAACUGGAACGAAGUGGAACCUGAUCCUAACCAGAUGAGGUGGCUUCCAUUCACCAUACCAAAAUUCUCAGAGAAGAAAGUGGACUUUGUGAUGGGUCUACACACGCUGUGUGGUGCUGGAGAUGCCAAGUCUCGUAACGGGAUCGCCAUCCACAUGUUCACCUGCAACACCUCCAUGAUGGACAGAUGUUUCAACAACUCUGAUGGAGACUUUCUUAUUGUGCCCCAGCAGGGAGAGAUCCUUGUCACCACAGAGUUUGGGAAGAUGAUGGUCGAGCCAAACGAGAUCUGUGUUAUUCAGCAAGGGAUGCGCUUCAGUGUGGCUGUGUUUGGGGAGACCCGAGGCUAUGUGCUCGAGGUGUACGGGGCCCACUAUGAGCUCCCAGAUCUGGGACCUAUAGGAGCCAAUGGGCUGGCCAAUCCCAGAGACUUCCUGGUCCCUGUCGCAUGGUAUGAGGACCGCACAGUGGCCACAGGUUACACAGUCAUCAACAAGUACCAGGGCAAGCUGUUCUCCAGCCAACAGGAUUUCUCUCCCUUUAACGUGGUGGCAUGGCAUGGUAACUACACACCUUACAAAUAUAACCUGGACAACUUCAUGGUCAUUAACUGUGUGGCCUUUGAUCAUGCGGAUCCUUCUAUCUUCACCGUGCUUACAGCCAAGUCCAAUCGCCCGGGAGUAGCCAUCGCCGACUUUGUCAUCUUCCCUCCGCGCUGGGGUGUGGCUGAUCGCACCUUCCGCCCCCCCUACUACCACCGUAACUGCAUGAGUGAGUUCAUGGGGCUGAUCAAAGGUCACUAUGAGGCCAAGGAGGAGGGCUUCCAACCAGGAGGGGGCAGUCUCCACAGCAUGAUGACCCCACACGGGCCAGACGGAGACUGUUUCGAGAAGAGCAGCACGGCUGCUCUCAAACCAGAGAGGGUGGCUGAGGGGACCAUGGUAACAGGCAUACACUUUGUUCCAGCUCAGUGCCAGUAUAUGGCCUUCAUGUUUGAGUCCUCCUUCAGCAUGGCGGUGACUAGGUGGGGCCUGGACACAUGCCAGAGGCUGGACAAGAGCUACUACCAGUGUUGGGAAACCCUCCGCAGUCACUUCAACCCAAACUGGAGGCCCAGCAAACAGUAGAAAAAUAUAAGAGUAUACUGCCACACAGUGGUUGGCUGCCAUAAAUAAGGUUUGCAGCUAAUAAGUAAAUGUGUACUGAUAUGUUUAAUAGAUGGCCACAAUUCCAAAAUGUUUUGAUGAAUUUAAGCCUUGUGAUCAUAUGUUGAUAGAUCUUUCAUGAACCACUCAGUAAAUGUUCUAUAAUACAGAGAAUUUAAAAUAAAUCAAUUUGGAUCCCA